AUGAUGCGUGCGGUAGCGACAGGCCCUAACGCCAUUCCAGUCUCCCACGAGUUGGGAAACCAACUCCUCCGCACUGCGGGAGGAGCUUAUAAGAGCGAUGAGCGCGCGGAAGGGACUCAGCUGUUUCCGGAAACGCAGCGUGAGUCUGGGUCAGAGUCGAUCCUGAGUGAAGAGACUCCGGACGCGACGAUAAAUAGCAGCAGGAAGUCUGCGGAGACAAUAGAAGACGGCUGUAGGUCAGACGCGAGAGAGAUUGUCCCACACUGGUGGAGGGAGACUUGCACGAAAGAGUCUUACGAUCAAGCGGGAGCGUUGUGUUGUGCGGGCGCGACGGCGGUACUUCGCGUUGAGCUCGCAGGGAGCCCUUGUGAGGCCCUGUUGGACACUGCGGCUUCGAGAAGUUUCAUUAGUUUUAAAAUAGUCGAACGACUGCCUCUGAAAGUGCGGAGACUACCAAAAGAACAUAGGUUCACCAUUGCUACAGUGGGAACCGUUCCCUACGACGUAGUCUUGGGUUUGGAUUGGCUGACGGAACACAAGGUGGCCUGGUAUUUCCAAUCAAACAAGCUCCGAACCUAUGUGAAUGGCCAGUGGUGCGAGUCUAAGGCGAAGGCGCGGAUAACGUCGCUGGUUCGUCAGGCAGCGGCCGACACAAAUGAUCUCAGGACUCCAUUGCACGGUUUGCAUCUCAUACUGGCUUUGCCCGAAGCCUGUUCGGCAGUGCCCUUAAGGCUCUCGGAUGAAUGGCAAGGCGCGCUUUGUUGCGCGUCGAUUGGGAAUCAACCCACGUCCUUCGGCUGCCGUAGUCCUUUGGCCUCAAUCGCUUCGGUGGCAGCGGAGAGUGACGAGGAGUCUCCUUGGCCUACGGCAAAACUCGAGCACACUCUAUUCGACGAAUGGAUAAAUUCGACAGCGGCGCAGGAUAUUCCAUGUGAGAUUGUCCAGGUGGUGCACGAGUAUCGAGGGGUCUUUCCGGAUAACGUAUGUAAGGGAUUACCGCCGAAGGGCCCUCAUGAUCACCAUAUCCUACUUGUACCUGGAAAAUUUCCAGCAAAAUCUGCAAUAUAA